ACCUACCAAAGGAACACGUAAUCUUGGCUAUUGUCAUGAAAAAGGAAUCGGUGUUGAAGAAGACGAACAGCCGACCUUGGAAUGUCAAGCCUGACAACCGUUACGAGAAUGAAGCAUGUUCAGAACAAGCGAAGGAUGGUAAUAUGACUGGACAAUUCGACCUCGUUGGAGAAAUUUCAGGUGAAAAAAAGGAUGAAUUGAACCAAGUCGAAUUCGUACCCCCACAAGGCUUGAUACUUGAUGCUGCUUCCAGUAAAAUCGAGAAAUGGUCUAUGGAAAAUGGUGAAGAACGAAAGAAGGGCCCCAAAAAGUAUACGUCAUGGGAGGUAUUGAGUAGGAAACCUUGCCCUAGUAAAAAUAAGGAGAAGACAAAGUGGGAUGAAAGCCAACCUAUUAAGAAGAAUCGAGUGAAAAGAUCCACCCUAUACAUACCGCAAUGGAACGAAACCUUGGUAUAUGACCCUGGAGAAAGACGCCAUAACUAA